AUGGCGCACAAGAAGAGACGGUCUACAGGAAAGCAGGACGCGUCAUGGCUGCUGCUCCUCAGGAAUCCAGCCAGGAUGAAAAGGUCUUCUACUGGUUUUCAGCUGGCUGGGUUUGAAACCCAGCUCCACUGGUUACCGGUUGAUUGGCAAAUAACUAUGUGUGACCUCAGCUUCACCUACAAAAUAGUUCAUCAUAACCUUAAACAAUCUCAGUCUCUGAAAGAACAUCAGAGGUCCAAAAGUGAAAGAUUGGGGCGGAUUCAAAAAAUUUGUAGUCCUAAUUGUGGCUUUGAUUUGACAUAUUCUCUGACUUCAGAAGCUCUUGUAUUCUUAAAGAGGCUAUUAAGUUAA